AUGAGGGGGGGCCUGGCUGGCACGAGCCGUCUCGAGGUGAGCUGUGUGCUGCAUUGGUUCUCCCUGUGGAACACUGCCCAGAGGGAGGCCUUCUCUGCCACGCUUCUCGCCCACUUGGCACCCCCCAAGGAAGAUCCCGCCAGUGAACUGUGUGGCCAGCUAGACGCACUGUCGCUUUCGCGCCGCAACUGUCCUUCGGUGCUGCACUGCCAGCUGUCCCUGUGCGAGCUCUACUUUGCCUCCUGGGGACCAGAGGGCCAGCGGGAGUUCCUGCAUACCCUGGCGCAGCGUGACGGUCCUUUCGUGGCGCGCUUCCUCGGCUCCCUGGCACAACGAGAGCCCCUGCUGGCUCAGGCACUGGCCCCGUGA